CUAUAGUUAUAUCAAUUCGUGUCACUCAUAGAUUGUCAGCGAAUCAUAUGUUUUAUUGAAGGGGAGAGAGAGACGAGGGGUUACUCUAUCUCUUCCACAAACUUUUGUUUCAAUAAAUUUACUCUUCAUAUAAGAAGUCAACUGUUCGGUCGGUCAGCAGUUUUUGUCACAAUUCACACUCAUUUUUGCCAUUCAUUUAACGUUACAAAAAAAAAUCUCAUCAAGUUUUCACAACUAAUUCUUUAAUUUUUUAAUUUGUUUUAAAAGUUCUUCUAAUUAAAGAAGUUUUACACCAAAACAUCGUUUAAGAUAAAGAUAAAAGUUGUUUGGAUUUAAAAUCAUAUAUCAAUUGAACACAAUUAUACAAAGCACUCAAAAAUGGUUGUAUUCAACGGUCCGAUAGCGUGUAUGCCUUCACCACCGCUAACAUUAUGGACCGCAAGUCUGCCGACAUCUCCGUGUCCUCUACUAUCGCCACUGCCGUCAGUGUCUCCCCAAUCGUCGAGUCACUGCAGUUCGUUAGCGCCGUCGCCCACCACUACAUACCCCACACUUCCCAUCGCAACUCCACUAUCAUUACCACAUCUUAACUAUGGAUCAAGUGUUGUCAUUAGACCGACCCCUUGGAACCAAUCUUAUGGUAUGGAACAGGUAUGGCUCUCGGAAUUUCAUCGCUUAUUCUCCAAUUACUACCAACAAGUUUGGAUCCUUCAACCCGUCGAACACAAACCCAUUGCCAACCGCUCUAUGCAUACAUUCGUCGAUUCAGCUAAAGUUAGAUUCUGUUGUGAUAAAUGCGGUCACGGGUGGACUUCAAUGAAGGGGAGAGUUGUGUUUUGGUUUGAUCUGUUGUCACCCUAUUAUUCCAAUGGCUUCGUGGCGUUUAAACUCUAUGGCCAACAAUGCGAUAGAUGUAAAACUGAUGGAUACGAACAGGCCAUGUGGUAUCCCGAAGAAGUUUGCAAAGUGUUGACAAACUUAUACAAUAAAGUGGGGCAACUAUUUUAUGGCUUCUAUCAGCCACCGAUUGAGAAGACCCGCCGGUCAGGCAAACCCCGUACCCCUCAUAACAGUGACUUAUGUCAGGCCUGUAAGGAUGGUCUAUGCGUUGAUCGAAAAUGACAUUAAUUACAGUAUUAUUUAGU